GACUCUAGAUUUUAAGCCAUUACCCGCUCGACCAGUACGAUUACUUUCGAUUGAAGUACAUUCAAUCUACAAUAUGAGCGUGAAUGGCACGCAUGGGGGACGCGGGGCCCUGAUUGUCGUCGAAGGCCUCGAUCGAGCAGGCAAAUCCAGCCAAUGCAAGUUCCUUCACAACAUUCUACAAGAAGGAGGCCGUCCCGUGAAGUACAUCAGGUUUCCAGAUCGAACGACGCCCAUAGGGAAGCUGAUCGAUGGCUAUCUACGCGGACAGUCUCACUUAGACGAUCACUCUAUUCAUCUCCUGUUCUCUGCCAACCGAUGGGAGGUUGCCCAGAGCAUCGAGGCCGACAUCGCCAACGGAACCAGUGUGAUCAUAGACCGCUACUCGUACUCUGGUGCAGUCUACUCGGCUGCGAAGGCCAAUCCUUCUCUUUCACUGGAAUGGGCAUGGCAACCGGAAGUUGGUUUACCAAAGCCGGAUCUAUGUCUGUUCCUCAGCAUAUCUCCCGAAGAGGCUGCAAAGCGUGGUGGAUUCGGUGGAGAGCGCUACGAGAACGAAGCCAUGCAAACUCGUGUACGCGAGCUGUUCAAUACCAUCUUCGACCUUCAGCGCGCUACCGAUAUUCGAAUAAUUGAUGCUGGGAAGUCCUUGGCGGAAGUGUCGCAGGAUAUUUUAAACGUUGUAACCGAGCGCAUUGCAGGUGUCGACACGGCCAGUCCGCUGGGAAAGCUAACAUCAAUCUCUUGAUACAAGCUAUAUCAAUGGACUGCUGUUGGUAAUGACCUCAUCUACCGGAGCUUCAGGAACGAGGGUCAAGCAAUCAUUCCUCGAGCCACGCUCACUCAAUGACCGACGGCCUAGAGCCUGAACGCCCAACGAGAUAACCAUAAUCCCGACUAUGCCAUCAUACGACCAAGGACCAGACAAUCUAAAUAUGCAAGCGAUAUAAAUCGUUGUGCAUCUGUGGGCUCGGCACCAUCGAGACUGCAAAUUGGCUCUUGCAUUAAUGGGCGUCACGUGACCAUGACAUGCCAUGAAAGUUUCAGGUCGCCCAAUUACGUCGUAUAUAGUCAUCAUCUUGUAUAUAUCUCUUCAAAUAAUACGACAUAGACGAAUU